UAUGUAUUUAUUUUAUUCAUCUUUUGCUUUCUCCAAUGAAGGGUUUAUAGCUUUUUGAACUUUGUUAACGUUAAACGCAUCUUUCGAGCCUCUCCUUGAAUCAUUGCCAUUUGCUCUUCUUCUUCUCCAUCGUCAUCUUCUUCUACCCGUUCCUCUGUAUUUGGUCUUUUCUCUUUUUUCCCGCUAUGUUAAAAAAGUCUUGCAGAUUUUUAUUCCUUUCACAACGAGAUGGAAGCGGUGAGGCCAUCGGCUGUUACUCCAUCAAAGAGUAAAUGGGCUCGAACUUUAUCGAAAGUUCUUCACCGGCACGCGACGGCAGCUGGGGUUGUCCCCGAUGAUGAUGGGGUUCACAAGGUUAAACCUAAGGGAACUGAAGAGUGGAAUGACAGUAAGACCACCAAGAGAUUAUCCCAGAAAUUUGACAGGUUACAAGAAGAAGAGCUUGAAACAAAGGUGGCCUUGGAAGCACUGAUAGCCAAAAUCUUUGCUACUGUUUCAGCCAUUAAAGCAGGUUAUGCUCAGUUGCAGCAUGCUCAAUCUCCUUAUGAUGCUGAAGGGAUUCAAGGAGCUGAUCAAUUAAUCGUUUCUGAUUUGAAGAAAUUAUCAGAACUGAAGCAGUGUUUCUUGAAGAAACAGUAUGAUUUUUCACCAGAACAAGGAAUGGCCUUAGCCGAAAUCCAAGAACUGAAAAGCCUUUCAACCACGUUUAAAAUCAUGGGAAAGAAGCUGGAAUCUCAGACGAGACUCAAGGAAUCCGAGAUCAUUUUCCUUAAAGAAAAGCUUGAUGAAUCCAAUAAGCAAAACAGGCUGCUUGAGAAGAGAUUAAACCAAAGUGGUCAGCUAUUUGUGCUUGACAAUCUACACCUCUCCACCUUAAACCCGACUCAUGUCAUUACGGUUCUCCGACAAACCGUGAAGUCGAUUCGGGGUUUCGUCCGGCUGAUGAUCGAUGAAAUGAAGUUAGCCGAUUGGGAUAUCAAUGCUGCAGCAAGUUCAAUACAGAGUGGUGUUAUGUAUUGGAAAGAAGAUGAUAAAUGUUUUGCAUUUGAGUCCUUCAUUUGCAGGGAAAUGUUCAAGGCUUUCCACCUGCCUUAUUUCUCCCUUUUUGGUAGCUCAGUACCACAGGGGAAGAAACAUGCUCAAGUGUUCUUCGAUAGGUUUAUGGAAUUAAAAUCCAUGAAAGUUAAGGAAUAUCUGGAGAUAAAACCCAAGUCAACAUUUGCCAAAUUUUGCCGCAACAAGUACUUACAAGUUGUUCAUCCCAAGAUGGAAUCAUCAUUUUUUGGCAAUUUGAACACUAGAGACAUGGUGAGCUCCUAUCAGUUCCCAGACACAACAUUUUUCACCUUGUUUGCUGAAAUGGCAAAAAAGGUUUGGCUCUUGCAUUGCUUAGCCUUUGCUUUCCAGCCCCAAGCAUCAAUCUUUCAAAUAACCAAAGGCUGUAGGUUCUCAGAAGUGUAUAUGGAAAGUGUAGCAGAUGAAGCCUUCCUUUCGGCUGAUAUCGGACCGGAACCCCGAGUCGCAUUCACCGUCGUUCCGGGAUUCAGGGUCGGCAAAACAGUAAUACAAUGCCAAGUCUAUCUCUCACAAUUCAAAUCAAGGUAGUGAGUUAGGUUUGAAGGAAUGGCAUUGGCUGGUUGUUGUGGGGGGGAAUUGGAACAUGUGGUUAGCUGGGGAGUUUGUCCCAUAGUUUGUAUGGCCUUAAUGAUAAUGAAAGGGUCAUUUGACAGGUAAUUUGUAAUGUAAAAGACACAUUCCCCCAAUUUUGUUAAUCUUAAGGCCAAUGAUGUUUUAGCUGUUUGACAUUAUUGCCUUAUUCUGAUGCUUUUAUAUAUAAUAUGUACAUAAUUAUAUAGGUUUUGGGAAUAUCAUAUGUAUGUAAAAGCUUUGUGGUGCCAUGCCGCGUAUUGCCAGAAGGGUUUGUCUUA